UAAAUUUUUAAGUUAUUAGAACAAAUAAUAAUAUUUUAAAAGAACUGAAAUAUCAUAUUGUUUAAUUAUUUUAAUUUUCCUGCCUGUUUAGCGAAGCAUGUCUGAAGAAAUUAUUAUUCGUGUUCAGACACAAGACGGUCUGAAACGGAUCAAUGUAUCUAAAAAUGCAUCACUUAAAGAACUCUAUGAUAUAGUUUACAAGUCUUUGAAUUUGUUGGACUAUGGAUUUUCUUUGUUUACCGAUCGAAAGUUCUCAAAUGAAGUGCGAUCUACGCAAUCCUCAACAAUAAAUAAGACAAACUUAAAUCAUGGUGAUAUCUUAUAUUAUAAACAAAUGGCUGGAACAUCUUCAACUGAUCCUGAACCAUCUAGCUCAUCUGAUUCAAAUCAAGGAAUUAGCAAACAAAGACAUAAAUCAUCAACAGUUGCAGAAGAUCCAGUUGAUAUUGAGCUUUCAAAAUUAGAUGGACGGAUUCAGAGAAAAAGAGACGAAAAGUUAUGCAGACAUACGGCAACUAAUCGUUGCGUUCAUUGUUCAUCAUUAGAACCCUAUGAUGAGAAUUAUUUGAAAGAGCAAAAGAUAAAACAUCUCUCUUUUCAUUCCUAUAUUCGAAAAAUGACAUCCGGUGUUGAUCGUGGCAAGUUUGUGGCAUUUGAAGACAUUAACUGUAAAAUAAAAUCUGGCUGCAGAGAACAUCCCCCUUGGCCAAAAGGAAUCUGUUCCAAAUGUCAGCCUUCGGCAAUUACGUUAAAUCGUCAAAUUUAUCGUCAUGUUGAUAAUGUAAUGUUUGAAAACAAUGAAAUUGUUGAUGAAUUUAUCAACUAUUGGCGAACUACAUCUCAUCAACGUUUAGGAUUUUUAUAUGGAUGUUAUGAAACUACUACAGAUGUUCCUUUAGGCAUUCGAGCCAGAGUAGUAGCAAUUUAUGAGCCCCCACAAGAAAGUACUAAAUCUAGUAUUAAGCUUUUGGACGAUCCAAAUGAUGGGGAAGUUGAAGAAAUGGCAACUGCUCUUGGUCUCAGACGAAUCGGUUGGAUUUUCACUGAUCUUGAAGCUAUUAAUGAUGGAAAAGUCAAACAUCUUCGAGGAAUUGAUACAUUUUUCUUGACUGCAAAAGAAUGCAUUUUGGCAGGGCAUUUUCAGAAUCUCCAUCCAAAUGUCUGUAGACAAUCUUCUAACGGAUACCUUGGAUCAAAAUUUGUCACAAUUUGUGUCACGGGUGAUAAGGAGAAUCAAAUUCAUAUGGAAGGAUAUCAAGUGUCAGCUCAAUGCAUGGCUUUAGUGCGUGACAAUUGUUUGGUUCCAACGAAAGACGCUCCAGAAUUAGGCUACAUAAGAGAGUCAACUGAUAAACAAUAUGUUCCAGAUGUUUUCUUUAAGGAUAAGGAUCAGUAUGGAAAUGAGGUUCAAAAGAUGGCACGUCCUCUGCCUGUAGAAUAUUUGCUUCUCGAUGUCCCAACAUCAUCACCGCUUGUUCCUCUUUUCACAUUUCCAUCCCGUCAACAACGAUUCCCUAUUGAAAAUCGAUUAUUGGACAAACAUUUACAAGAUUAUGCCACUUUUCAUAAUUAUAUGCAAAUUUAUAAGUCACGAGACUUUUUAUUGGCAAUGUCAGACUUUCACGUUCUCCUUUAUCUGUAUGGAUCGACGUGCUUUGAUAUCAAAAUGAAGUCUCAGAUGGGAGAGAUAUUACAGGCUGUUCGAGCACAAGACGAAAACUUAGCUAGUCAGUUUAUGAGGAGUGACAUUUGGCGCACAUUUGAACAAUUAAUCAGCGCUCAUGUUCAUGAAAAUGACAACCAUAUGAAUGCAGAAACUAGCAACGCUGGAACAGACUGGACAUGUAAUCAUUGCACUUUUAUUAACAAUAAUGAUACGCAGACAUGUGAAAUGUGCAGUUUACCGCGCUAAAUUUUCCAUCACCACAACAAAUAAAAAUUCUCUAUAUUUAAUACACAUGAAAUGAAUGAACUUAGCAAAGAUAGUUACUUUAAUAAAGCUUUGCGAUAUUUUCUUGUAAGAAUUAUGAAUAUUUUAAUUUAUCCAUGUUUUUGACAUUAUUUUCAAUAAAUAUUAAAAAAUAAUAGAA